AUGUCCUCACUAUUUCUUGUUGGAGGAGUAGCACAAGGUCCGUUGCAAGAUGCUAUAGACACUAGGUUUCCUAGUUUGUUUGAUAGAGUUGUAGUGUUGGAUGAUAUAAAUCAACUGCUGCUAUAUCUGUACCGAGAACGAGUAGGUGCAAAAUAUAUUGCCAGUGCUAGUGAUAGUAAUACUAUCAAACCUUGGUCAUUUGAAACAGGUAUUGCACUUAUAGUCCAUAGACCCGAUGGUACCUACAAGGAUUUGAAUCCGAUAUUGCAACGCUUUUUUCCCUGCCUCAAUGCUAUUGCAUUGACUGAAUCUCAACUUCGGGAUGAUGAUUCAACUUUAUCAAUAUUAUCCCGUUUGCAGCAAUUGGCUCUCAUUUGUCGAGAUCGUAUUGCACGUAUGUCACAUUGGAUGUACGAUGAUGGACCAUUCAGUGGUCUCUAUCUAAUGAUCCGACAUCUGCGGUGUGUCCAGCAAUUCAAUCAGCAAGUUAAUGUGAUUCCAAGGGCCAUUAGAAGUAUCGACUUUGCAUCACUUCUAGGCGUAACACCUGAAAUGGAGUCAAGACUUUGGGACUCGUUAGACACAUGGUCCUUUCAGCCACAUUCAUUACAAACAAAAGAACUGGUAUAUUGCGGUUUUCUUCUUCUACGUCAAUGUGCUAGGGAUGCUAAAUCAACGGUUCAAGAAAAUAAGUUACUGUUGUUGAUCUUUACGUUAGAAUCCUCAUAUCAUCAAGUCAACAGAUUUCACAAUUUCCGUCAUGCCGUGGAUGUAAUGCAAGCUGCAUGGCAACUCGCGAAAAGGUUAUUAACUGAUCCGUUACAAGUUCUUUUGGUUACGCUUGCGGCUCUAGGCCACGAUGUAGGACACCCAGGUGCGAAUAAUCAAUUAUUGUGCAAAUACAAUUCACCAGUUGCAUUGCACUACAAACAGAGAUCCGUGUUAGAGAACUUGCACACCGAUAUUUUCACUUCAUUAUUAUCGGAGCAUUGGCCUCAGUUAAUAGGUAAGACCUCGCAAGGCCGCCAACACAUGGAAUUGAUAUCUGAGGCUAUCAUGGCAACAGACAUGGCGUUCCAUGGCAAUUACGUACGGCAGUUACAAGAAUCAAACCAGGCAGCACGUGAUCCAAGAUCUUUACUAUCAUUAAUACUAAAAGCCGCUGAUAUCUCGAAUGUUACGAGACCAUUAACGAUUUCAGCACAAUGGGCAGCUUUAAUUACUUUAGAAUUUGAUGAUUGUGCACUACUAGAUAGGUAUCAGGCGAAAGGUGGUAAACAUAAUAGUAGUACCAGUGGCAGUCGUAGGAAUAGCUACGCGGAAGGCAGGAAUUCACCAGAGUUGGAACAUGGGAUCGAUUAUUCUGACGAUUUUUAUACUGCCUCACCUGAGCAACUUACAGAGAAUUUUCCAGCAAUUCCAGCUGGUCAAAUUUUUUUCAUCGAUACUUUUGCAGAGCAAUUCUUUGCAGAAUUCUGUAAAACGUUUCCUCAAGUUGGUUUUUUGGUGGAAAAUGUUAAAUCCAAUCGUGAAUUUUGGGUUAGCAGGUCUUGA